UUGGCAUGCGCAGUUCACAAAGAGGAAAAGCUUCAGCGGUAUCAGCAGUUGGGAACUGUAAACACUAUCUUCCAAGGCUACUUCUCUCUCAGUCAUUGGGAUGGAAAUAUAAGGGUGACGUGAAUCAGAUAUUGUUCUGCAGUGCAUGGACACAAAGCCAAUGCGCAGGGCCACCAGCGCACGUCAGGACGCCACUGGAAUGGACAUCACCAGCCGCUGUACCCUGGGGGACCCCAACAAGCUGCCUGAAGGGGUCCCCCAGCCAGCACGCAUGCCUUACAUAUCGGACAAACACCCCCGGCAGACGCUGGAAGUGAUCAAUCUACUGAGGAAACACAGGGAGCUGUGCGACGUGGUGCUGGUGGUGGGCGCCAAGAAGAUUUACGCUCAUCGUGUGAUCCUCUCCGCCUGCAGCCCGUACUUUAGGGCGAUGUUUACUGGGGAGCUGGCAGAGAGCAGGCAGACUGAAGUGGUUAUCCGUGACAUUGAUGAGCGAGCCAUGGAGCUGCUCAUUGACUUUGCCUACACCUCACAGGUGACAGUGGAGGAGGGGAACGUCCAGACGCUGCUUCCUGCCGCCUGCCUUCUCCAGCUGGCUGAGAUCCAGGAGGCCUGCUGCGAGUUUCUAAAGAGACAGCUGGAUCCGUCCAACUGUCUGGGCAUCAGGGCCUUUGCCGACACCCACUCCUGUCGGGAACUGCUGCGAAUUGCAGACAAGUUCACACAGCAUAAUUUUCAGGAGGUAAUGGAAAGUGAGGAGUUCAUGCUGCUUCCUGCCAACCAGCUGAUCGACAUCAUCUCCAGCGAUGAGCUGAAUGUGCGGAGUGAGGAGCAGGUUUUUAACGCCGUAAUGGCAUGGGUGAAAUACAGCAUCCAGGAGCGCAGACCCCAGCUGCCCCAGGUUCUGCAGCAUGUACGUUUGCCAUUAUUAAGCCCUAAGUUUCUAGUUGGGACCGUUGGUUCAGACCCCCUGAUCAAAAGUGAUGAAGAAUGCAGAGACCUGGUUGAUGAAGCCAAAAACUACCUUUUGCUUCCACAAGAACGACCGCUGAUGCAGGGCCCCAGAACCCGUCCUCGGAAACCCAUUCGAUGCGGAGAAGUUCUUUUUGCAGUUGGUGGCUGGUGCAGCGGAGACGCCAUUUCCAGCGUGGAGCGCUACGACCCGCAGACUAAUGAGUGGCGCAUGGUGGCCUCGAUGAGCAAACGGCGAUGCGGCGUCGGCGUCAGCGUCCUCGAUGACUUGUUGUACGCGGUGGGCGGUCACGACGGCUCGUCGUAUCUCAACUCUGUGGAGAGAUAUGAUCCUAAAACCAACCAGUGGAGCAGCGACGUUGCCCCCACCAGCACUUGCCGAACCAGCGUGGGUGUCGCUGUACUGGGUGGAUUUCUGUAUGCUGUCGGAGGACAGGAUGGAGUGUCAUGUCUCAACAUUGUAGAAAGGUAUGAUCCAAAGGAAAACAAGUGGACUCGUGUGGCCUCAAUGAGCACCAGGCGGCUUGGUGUAGCUGUCGCUGUGCUGGGAGGAUUUCUUUAUGCUGUCGGAGGGUCUGAUGGGACGUCUCCUUUAAACACGGUGGAGCGCUAUAACCCUCAAGAAAACCGCUGGCACACGGUGUCUCCCAUGGGAACGAGACGAAAGCACCUCGGAUGCGCGGUCUACCAGGACAUGAUCUACUCUGUUGGGGGGAGGGACGACACCACAGAGCUGAGCAGCGCAGAGAGAUACAACCCCAGGACCAACCAGUGGUCGCCAGUUGUUGCUAUGACGUCCAGACGUAGUGGGGUGGGCUUGGCAGUAGUGAAUGGUCAGCUGAUGGCGGUAGGUGGCUUUGAUGGGACAACAUAUUUAAAAACUAUAGAAGUAUACGACCCGGACGCCAACACAUGGAGGUUGUACGGUGGAAUGAACUACCGCCGGUUAGGUGGAGGAGUGGGCGUCAUCAAAAUGACUCACUGUGAAUCUCACAUAUGGUAACGGCACCUCCCCUCAUGCGUCACUCGUCUCGCAUACUUUUCACUUCUCAUGACGUCUCGAUGGAUAUUUAAGCAGCUCUCGUGCCUCUAAAAGAGACGAGGGUAAGAGAAACGUGGGAGUGGGCAUCUCGAGCUCUGGUUCAUCCCCGAGCGUCACUCAGAGGUCCUUAAGUUCAUCCUGGCUGUUUUUUUUAUUUAAAUUUUUUAUUAUUAUUAUUAUUAUUAUUAUUAUUAUUAUUUCUCUGAUCAACCAUGCUCAUUGGAAACUGCAGAGGGAGCAAAGUUUACAGAACCUCGCUAAGCUUCCAGUUUGGACGGAAGCGUAAGGAUUUUUCGUCGUCCAAGCCUCACGGUCUGGAAUUGAAUGUGUGACCGAUGAAGCACGCCUCGCACAUCACCGAUACCGGAGGGACAUAAUCUGAUCUGCGAGUUUCAGAGGAACAAGGAUGUCAGAAAGGACUGGUUCACUAGACGAAGUUUGUAAGAACCUCGGCAACCUAAAGUGACUUUUUUUGUUUGUUUUGUUUUUUCAAAUGGGCAGCCACCAGAAUACUGUCUUCAAGAGACAACGGUGCACAUCGACUGUCUGGAGCGAAUCUGUGCUUUGUCUCUGUCUCUUGUAGAUUUUCAACUUGCACCUCAGCUGUGGCUUCACAGCUUAUGCCACGUUUUGCAGGAUUGAAAGUUAAUACAAUAAAUUGUUAUAGGCCUGUACAGUUGGAUGCAAUAGGCAAGACGGUGUAAAUGGACUGUAACUGUUACCAUUUUUAGAGUCAAGUUAAAACUGUGUAGUUGGCUAAUGAAAAGAAACCAUGGUCAUCAAAUAGUGUCACUAUUUUUUUGUUUAUUUUCAGGUAAGUCCAUGGAUGAAUCUUAAAGGCAAAAUAACUGUGAUUUAACAUGAACAUUAAGUUUAAGUACCUCUCACUCAACUCAUCUGUCCCAGAUGACAAAUGUUUGAAUUUACCUCAAUAAGUAAGCAGCCACUUUUCCAUCAAAGUCUGAAAUGAGUUUAACUUAAAAUGCUGAUGGUUUUUGUUCUUUAACCUAAAAAAAAAUCCCCCAAACUAUUAUCUUUAGCAAAUAAAAACAGGCACUUUGUGCUGUUGAAUAAUUUACAUUUGACGUAGGACUGAAAGAAAACUUAAUGAAGGAUUAUAUUUCCUGAUUCAGCAGUAUGCCUCUGGUUCGCUGGAUAGUUUUGUUCUGGGGAAAACAGUAGAACUGAAGAAUAAAUCUUUAGUGUCAGAAUUGAUCAUUUGCAACAUUAAAUUGUUGUGCUUAGAAUUCAGCUUGGCGUGAAAAAUCUAACCAACAUGGAUAACUUUAAGAAAUGACACCAUUGUUUUGCCUUCUUUUGGAUCAUCUGGGCUACCGUAGACUCAUUCAGGCACACCAUUACCCAUCUCCGUUUAGAUCCAUAAUGUUCCCAAUUCGGAACUGUGUUGCAUUAUUUUUAAGUCUGUGCUCAACACAUUUGCGCUAAAUGCAGUUUAAACAAGUUUCUGUAAAAGUAAUGAAUAAAAUAGCACUAAAGGUUCGGAUAUUGGUUUACACAACCAUAAGAUUUUAUGGCACAAGACCAUGGUCUGCUCCUUGUUUAGUUGUUUUUUGUUUUGUUUUUUUAGUUGAAGUUGCGGGCUAACCGUGGCUCCACCUACUGGGGAAAUAGUAUGUUACACUAAAUCAAAAGGAGUCGCUGAUCUCAGCUCGGUGUAAAAAAAAUAAAGCCAGCAUAGAUGGGAAAAGCGGUUUGGAUACAUGUAUUGCACUGUGACUGAGUUCCAAUUUUAAUCUUUUUGCUUUUAAAACGUGUUUUUUAGGGAGCUAUGGGGAGGCUUCUAUUUCAAAGAGGAACUUAGUAUAAUCAAACGUUUAAAUUGGAAAUGAGACAUUUCAGGAUUUUUAGAGCUAGAAUGAUCUAUGAGAAACUCUUGCUGGGAUUCGCUCCGUUACACGCAGUUCAUCUGCUCCCUGUUCCGCUAAACCGGUGUUCUGUCAGAUAGCCAUACAUUGUCAGAUCGUCAUACGCGUAUGACAAACUGAUGGCUAUAUCUGUCAGAUCAGCAUACGUUUGCAUACGUUUCAGCAUACGUUGUCAG